AAAGAAAAAAAAAAAGUGUGUGAGAAAGAAAAGCUCAUACAAAGAGAGAGAGAGAGAGAGAGAGAGAGAAAUGGAGAAUGAAGGUAUGGAAAAUGAAGUUACAGAGACAGGAAUCCCAACGUACGAUGGCAAGUAUGUACAGUACAAUAUUCUCGGAAACCUCUUCCAGGUCUCCGCCAACUACGUCCCUCCCAUUCAACCCGUUGGUCGCGGCGCUUACGGCAUCGUUUGCUGUGCAAAAAACUCUCAGACCAAUGAGGAGGUUGCAAUCAAGAAAAUUGGAAAUGCAUUUGACAACAGGAUUGAUGCGAAGAGGACACUUCGAGAGAUCAAACUCCUUUGCCACAUGGACCAUGAGAAUGUAGUCAAAAUUAAGGACAUCAUAAGGCCACCAGAGAGAGAAAAGUUCAAUGAUGUUUAUAUUGUGUAUGAAUUAAUGGAUACUGACCUCAAUCAGAUAAUACGCUCUAACCAGGCUUUAACUGAUGAUCACUGUCAGUACUUUCUAUAUCAAUUGCUAAGGGGAUUGAAGUAUGUACACUCUGCAAAUGUUUUGCACCGAGAUUUGAAGCCAAGUAACCUGCUUCUUGAUGCAAAUUGUGACCUUAAGAUUUGUGACUUUGGGCUUGCGAGAACCACCUCAGAGACGGAUUUCAUGACAGAAUAUGUUGUAACUCGAUGGUAUCGAGCCCCUGAAUUGCUACUCAACUGUUCAGAAUACACUGCAGCCAUUGAUAUUUGGUCAGUUGGUUGCAUUUUCCUUGAGAUUAUCAGAAGGGAGCCAUUAUUUCCUGGUAAAGACUAUGUUCAGCAGUUAAUGCUUAUAACUGAGGUACUUGUGCUUUCCCUUUAAUCCUCUUUCUAUCGU